GUCACGCUGACGUCAUACGUCAAAUGAUGUACAAACGUACUUGCGUACAAAAUAAUUAAGACUUAGAAAUCAUAUUUCUAGUCAAUCCCCAACAAAUAACACUCCAAGGCGGCUUUAUGUCUUGGAGGCUUAGAUGAUAAAAAAAAAUGACGACUGCGCGUGUUAAUGUUGCUUUGUGAGCGCAAUGUCGAUAGAGUACGUGGUGGUGAGCGAGGGCGAACAAGACGAGCCCAUCGAACUGCCCACCGAGGAAGACGGUUCUCUACUUCUGAGCACAAUAUCCGCUCAAUUCGUGGGCGCUAGCGGCCUGAAAUAUCGUGCUGGAGGUCGACUUCGUGGACUUCGUCUGACUGAGGAUCGAGUGCUGCCGCCAGCUGAAGGCUGGGGAGCACAUCGUUAUUUUUGCGCCUUUCCACGUGUGGAUAUACCAACCGCUACAACAAGGCCACGUUGCUCUGACCUCAUAGUACUUGGUCUGCCUUGGAAAACUGGUGAAGAAACAGUUCGAGAGUAUUUUUCUACAUUCGGUGAUUUGUUAAUGGUACAAGUAAAACGGGAUACAAAGACGGGGUUAUCUAAAGGUUUUGGUUUUAUUAAGUUUGCUGAAUAUGACGCCCAGCUUCGUGCUCUGGGUAGGCGGCAUAUGAUCGAUGGGCGCUGGUGUGACGUUCGUAUUCCUAACAGUAAGGAUGGCAGUUCUGCAGCGCACCGAAAAGUCUUUGUGGGUCGUUGCACCGAAAGCCUCACAGCUGAUGAUCUACGUGAAUACUUUGGUGCAUUUGGACAGGUGACAGAUGUCUUUGUACCCAAACCAUUUCGGGCAUUCAGUUUUGUAACAUUUCUAGAUCCAGAAGUAGCUCAGUCCCUGUGUGGCCAGGACCAUGUCAUCAAAGGUGUGUCUGUCAACAUUUCAACUGCCUCCCCUAAGAGAGAACACAGUGGCCGUUCUCAGUUGUUGGGCUGGAGUUUGCUGGAGGGUGCGGCGCCACGUGUUUACAGCUGGCCUCCUGAUGCUUGGCAGCAUUCGGCACACUCGGCCCACUCUGCACAUUCACACUCUACGGCACCACCUGAUGCUAAGCCCUACCUCAAAUAUGAGUGAAAACAGCCAUUGCCCUCCUUGUUAAUAACUCACAGAUUUUAUAUGAAAGGAAAUAUGUAAAUAAUAAUAUAUAAUAUAGACAGAUUAACUUGUU